GGUGGUACCAAGUACCUUUUUCUUUGAAAAGUUUCCUGCCCUCCAAACAAAAACAAGACAACCCAAAGAGCUCCUCCAUCAUCAUCCCCAAGGCCUUGCUCGUGAACAAGAAGCUACCAUGUCUGCGUUUGCGCUUGUUUCAGUGCCGGCUGGCCAACACACGCUGCAGGAGCUGCGCCAAACCUUGCCGCGAGGGUGCUCCGCGAGUGAACUCGGCAUCCCACUGAGCCGAGUUGGCACACUGGAUGAGCUGGUGGCGCUGUGCGACGAGCUUAUGAAACAUGACUCGUACAUGGAGACAGUUGCCAACAAGAUAGCCCAUGCACUCGGAGAGAUGCUUCAGGACAAAGCAAAGCUUCGUGAGGCCCUUCUUGCGGACUCGAAGCCAAUUGAUGCGUUCGUUGGGCAAUUUGACUGGGACUCACGGCGGUACAAUGCCAAGCAGCCGAUUCGUGACCUCGCACAAACCCUGACACAGCAAGUGACAGCGGUCGAGACAGAUCUGAAAGCACGGAUGCAGGCGUACUCCAAGGUCAAGGGUGCGUUGCAAGCCGUCGAGCGCAAGAACCAGGGCAGUUUGCUGAUUCGCAGCCUCAGUGACAUUGUCAAACCGGAGCAUGUAGUGCAGAAUUCGGAGUUCCUCACAACGCUGAUGGUCGUUGUUCCAAAGUAUGCGUACAACGAUUGGAAGUCAUCAUAUUCAACGUUGACGGACUACGUCUGCCCUGGCUCCACACAGCUCAUCCAUGAGGACAGCGAAUACGGCCUGUUCUCUGUGACGCUCUUCCGUCGCAUUGCUGACGACUUUCGGGCAGCCGCCAGAGAGAAAAAAUUCACGGUCAGGGACUUUGAGUUUGAUGAGGAGACGGUCGCCCAGCAGGAGGCGGAUACAACGCAUCUCGCCAACGAAUUCAAAGAGAAGCACGCUCGGUUGAUGGACUGGCUCCAGCUGUCGUUUGACCAGUGCUUUACAGCUUGGAUGCACCUCAAGGCGCUGCGGUUGUUUGUUGAGUCUGUGCUGCGGUACGGCUUGCCGCCCAAGUUUUCGUUCUAUGCGGUUUCGUUCAAGCCGGACGAGGAGAAGCGGAUGCGGACGGCGCUGCAGCGGCUCUACGGGCAUCUCGAUAAGGCCGGCGCAGAGGCCGGCGAGGUCGCUGAUGUGCCGGGCUUGUUCCAGGGCGAGUAUUUCCCGUAUGUCAGCUUCUCUGUCAGACUUGACCACUUUGUCAGUAAGAAGUAGACGGCAGUCCACGCCCUCAAUUGCCGGCCGUAGCAGCAGCAACCCCCGCUCUCGGGACCCCUAUCCAGUCGUAGGACAAGAACUCAGGCGUGCAACAAUUGCUUGUGUGUGUGUGUGUGUGUGUGUGUGUGUGUGUGUGUGUGUGUGUGUGUGUGUGUGUG